CGCCGUCUGCCGGGAGGCGCUUCCGCGCGGGGCGGCGGGCGCUCGGGCCGCGCCAUGCAGCCUUCGUUCCCGCCGCCGGGCGGCACCGCGGCCUCCCUCCUCCUGCUGCUGCCCUUGCUGCUCGUCCCCUGGGCGCUCCUGGUGAGGAGACGCCGCGGACGGCGGACGGCCCCGCUCAGGCUGCUAGUGGUGGCCGGCUCCGGAGGUCACACAACAGAAAUCCUGAGGUUGCUCAGUUGUUUGUCAGAGUCAUACUCUCCUAGAUGCUAUGUUCUUGCAGACUCUGAUAAGAUGAGUGAAGCUAAAAUACGUUCUUUCGAACAAAAAAGGGCUGAAAGGUUCUCCAAUUCCCAGUUCACCCUUGAUCGCAUUCCCAGAAGCCGUGAGGUUAGACAAUCUUGGACCUCCUCCGUGGUAACAACCGCAUACUCCAUUCUUUAUUCCCUUCCUUUGACGUACAGACUGAAACCAGAUUUGAUAUUGUGCAACGGACCAGGAACAUGUGUUCCUGUCUGUAUAUCUGCUCUUCUUCUUGGGCUUCUAGGAAUGAAAAGAGCAAUCAUUGUGUACGUAGAAAGCAUCUGCCGCGUGGAAACUUUAUCCCUGUCUGGAAAAAUUCUUUACUAUUUUUCGGAUUACUUCAUUGUUCAAUGGCCUGCUCUGAAGGAAAAAUAUCCUAAGUCAGUUUAUCUUGGUCGAAUAGUAUAACAGGACAGGCUUUACCUAAAAUAAACUCUUAAAGUUCCUCACUGAAAAAAUUCAUUAGUGUAACAUAAUUUGUUUUCAAGGAUUCCUGUUAAAAAUUAGGCCAGUACUGGAAAAACAGACGGUAAUAAAGAUAUCUCUAUGUUAUAGUACACUUUUGUGUAGUUGUAUUUAUUGCCAUCAUGAAGGUCUGUGCACCAAUACCCGUAAUGGCAGUAAGUCUAUGCUGUUUCUGCUUUCAUCUAGUUUUCCUGCUAUGUGAAUAGCAAUUUUUGUCUACAAAUAAAUAUGGGAAUUUGUAUGAAUUGUAACAUUUCCUGUAAGGAAACUUUGUGUAGUUUUCUAAAUUGUAAGAAACAAAGUCUUGUUCUAGCACAACAGACUUGAUUUCCUGUAUGCUAGCAGUGAAGUCCCUUGUGAAUCCUUAGAGUAUAAAGGAAACAGUUAUAUUAAGUUGGCUUCUUGACAGUUUGUGCUCUACAGUCUUCCAAGCUCUCCCCCCCCAAAGCAUUCAACCAGUAUCAUUUUUCCUCUGGGCCUGUCAAAACUGUCCUUUAUAAUCUGUAGCACACCUUCUGAAAAUUUUUUGCCCGGCCCUUAAAUAAAAAGGUGACAAGUGUCAUGCUACAGGCACAGCACUUAUGGAUGUAAGAAGCGCUUUCUUCAAAGCCUACACAACAAAGUCCCUAUCAGGCUUAUAUCACAGAGAACAGACCGUCACUUGGGAGAAUUGAACUGGUUUGGGCUCUAAUAUAUAGAGGAAAAACGUAUUACUGUCUGUUGCAGGGAGAGGAACAGAGAUUCUCUUCCCUUUACCUCACACAGUGAAUUUGUCUUUCAGAAUAUUCUGUUUUCAUGUUUUAAGCACCUUACUUUCAUCAGUAUGAAAUGCUCCUAACAUUUUGUUACGGAAAAUGGUACUAUACAUAGGAACUAUUUUUAAAACACGUUUUGUUGGAGCUAAGUGUGUGAAAACCUACUUCAGUAUUUCACAUUAGUCCAACAAAAUGUAGCUCUACACACUGUUCUACCUCUGAAGCAAUAUAAACACAUCUGUCAUCUGUGCACACACAGAGCUAUGUGUCUGGCUACAGAAACAUACACAAAGCAAAAAUCUCAGGGAAAAACAAGGCUGCCUCACAGAGCCAUUGUAGCAAGGCCCUCACACCACCACAGAUGGAAGGAACCCCAUCUCAGUUGCAUGUCAGAAAAGCUGCAGCCAUUACUUGGGCAGGGAAUGGCAUUUAGCUGAAGAGAAAAUGUAUGUCCGAUGUCAGGAAACAGGAGUUAUAGGAAUGUUUUGCUUUUUGGAAGACAUUAUGCUGAAAAUUGCUAUUGCGAGGCCCUGCGGGGAAACCAGCCCUUACAACCUGUCCAACAAGCUCCUUAGCAGUGGGAGAGGCACGAUGAGAGUCCAUUGAUGUGGGCACAUGUGAGCUCAGAACAGACACUUUAUGUGGGUUUUACCCCAGAUUGUGUCUGACAUUAAGGAGCAGUUAAUAGCUUAAGAACAUGUGUGAAGGAAUCUAUGUGCAGUACGUACUCGGGUCCUUGAAAAUGACCCGACUAAAGUGAUUUUGACCUGCUUAAUGUCUUUUUUUCCUCUCCCAAACUGGAAGCCUUAUCAGGACUUUCUGCCUAGUUGCAGAUAGUUCAGUAAAUUUGAGAUAUGCUGGAAUUUAUUAUGACUAAUGGUACUUUAUUUUUGAUUAGCGCUCUCUGGGCUGAACCUUGCUUUUAGUUUUGCAAGGGAACUGGAGUAGAGGGGAAGGAGGAUAGAGGCAGCCCCCUCCUCUAUCCCUGGUUGGGGCAGCGGUGCAGCAUCACGCCCCAAGGCUUAGAGAAGCAUGAGAAGAGAAAGGCAAUGAAUGCUCCCAUUCAUGUUCUACAUCCGCCCCAAGCCGCCCGCUGGCCUGGCAGCAAGGCAGGCUCCCGGGCCAAGCACACAAACACAGGCCCAGCUCAGGCAGCUCCGCAUUCACAGGCUGCUUCUGUUAGAGUAGGGCAGAACAGAUCCCAUCCUUCACUCUGCUGUGGAUUUAGCUCUGGGUGGGAGCAUCUCCAGCUGCUCUACUGCCCCUUACAGCAGCCCUGCUUGGUGCAGGAUUUGGGGAUUUGGUGUGCUUUCAAACCAUGGGUUUAUAAACUUCAUGGCGUUGAACACCAGAGAGUUCCAAAGAUUUUCUUUCACCUGUCACCUGUACAGCAACUACUUUGAGGAUUACUUGCCUGCUUGGACUUGUUACCUCCCUUGUAAAAGCUCAGAAAGUAGGAGUUGAUCUCUUCACAAGAGUGCCUUCUGAAAAACUGAACUGCUCCGUGCCUUGUGAUGUGGAGCUGUCUCAUCUUCAGCCUUGGGAAGACAUUGUUCCCCUAACUUCACUGACAGCCUUUAGGAGAGCAAAGCCAGAAGGAUCUCUGCCUGUGUUCGCCCAAAAUCAUGUUAUUUGCUCAGUUCGGUCAAUCUGGAAAUUCUAGUCAAAAUAGAGAAUUUAAACCAGUUUUUAACCUGAAUAAUCAGCUCACAUAUGAGGGUAUGAGAGAGGGGGAUAGUACUUCCUUGUAUUUGUCACUAUUUUCCUUAUAGAAUCAGUUGCCAACUUGAGUUAAGGAAACUUCUGCAAGUUAUAAUCAGUCAGAGUAAGAACUUGUGUUAGGAAUGGUGCAGCACUUUGUAAAGUUAAGGCAGCUAGAACUACUUACGACAGCUCAGAACUGAAUGCAUCACAGCCUAACUUUGAUGAAAGCCUGCAACAAGAGACUGCAUUUCUAACUAUAGGGGACAGAAUGUAGAAAAGAGUUCCUGGCUUUAAUUCUAGUAAGGAAAAGUCUGUUAUCAACCAGAUUAACUUCUCCUUGAAAAGAUCAUCUCAUGUAACCUCUAGUUCUCUGCAAAAGCACAGCAGAGAGCAAGCAAGCCAUGGUUUUGUUAUUGAAUAGCUCUUAUCUUUUGUUUGUAGUAGGUGGGUACAGUUAAACUGUCAUUGUUCUGAAGGAAAACUGCAUUCUUCCUGCUCCUAGCAGUGAAACACACACAAAAAAAAGCACAUCUGAUGGCCUGCUCCAAAAAGUUAGAAGUUCCUGACUGAAUUCCUAAUGCUUAACUUCUGAGGUUUUGCUGUGUAUCAUUUUUUCCCUUAAAUACUAAUUUCGAGGCAAAUAUGUUCAUGUUACAUAUGUGACAGAGUUUGAAGUAAAAUCUAUUAUCUCUUCUUUCCCUAUUUCUGAAAGAGGAAAGCAGUAUCUAGUGGAUCUAAAGCAAAAUAGGGAACAAAUACAUUCUUCAAAGAAAACAAAUAUGACUUUAUGGAAAUAUCAUCAUCAAAACUGGCAAAAAUUCAGAAGAGAACAGAAGGCAUCCAAAAAUUCCUUCUCUGAGUCCUAGCCUAGAAGCCAAAUUUAAAAUGAGUUUCAGUUAUCAGAUAGUUUUAUCUAGAUAUGCAUUAGUUGAUAAGCAUUAAAUACUCAGAGUUGUUUCACUUUUUACCUGGUUGUCUUCUAAGGGAGAACAUAUAUUGUAUAUGCAUUAAAAACAGGUUAAUUUUAUUUUAGAAAGAAAGGGGGGAAAAUAAAAGAGGAGAACCUGUUGGACUGCAAUAAAAUAAUUAUAUGGGAGAAGAGUUGAUUCUAGAUUAGAAAAGAAGCUUAAAAGAUUAUGUCUUUGCUUUACAACUUAUUUUGCAGAUUUGAAAUGUAAAAUAGCCAAUGUUAGAUAAAAACCUAAUGCGGUAUAUCAGGGAUAAACAGUGCAAUUCUUUUCAUGUGCAUUUCCUACAGUUGGUUGUAGAACUGCUCUCUGAGUUGUGAAGAUCAGAGCAGAAUGAGUUAAUGCCAUCCCUGUAUUGUAUUUGCUGUUAUUCUGGACACAGGCAGUCUUCCCUUUCAGUCAAACAAGGGACAUCACCAGCCACAAAGCAAGAGUUUUGAUCACUGAGGUAUGUAUUAGAGACUUCUCAGCUCUAGAAAUAACUGUACAACACUUAAUCUACACCUGAUUUCCUGAAAUGAAUCUGAAAGUAAUUAUGAACUGGCUGUUGAAUGUAGAGUUUAAGAUAGCCGUUCCCUAGGACAUUCGUUUUUAGUUAUCAUUCCAGCUUUCAUUCAUUUAAUAAUGCUGUGUGAACAAAGGAUGGCUUACAUGUGAUGAACACAAAGACAACUUGAAUGAAGCUUAUUUGUCAGCAGAGUGUGGCACUGGGGAGUGUCUAUAUUUUGGGACAGGAAAAAAAACCUGAAAUUUUACAACAGAAAGCAAGGCCUUUCACAUUUAAACAAAACUAAGCUAUAUCCUUACUCUAAUCUGGCGGUCACAAUUUAGAAGACUGCUAGUACUUGGCCACGGUCAGCCAGAGCACAAGAAAGCACCAUGUAAAGUGUUUGAAGAAACACUGGCUCAUUCUGCACUUUGCUACUCCUCUCUUGUUGCUGGCCCAUGCUGAGGCUGGACACGACGCCAAUAAAUGAUUGUUCCAGAAGACAGGUGGAGAUCCAGGAAAGAAAGCAGCAAAACAUUCUGGUUAUCUGCAAGGCAAUUUGAACCUAGGCCUUUCUGGAACUUGGAUGCAACUUCCUUUUUAUCACCAGACUUCCCUAUAGCAUAAUGAUAGUCUCACGACCAGUACUGAAGUCAAUAGAAGGUAAGUCAUCUUGCAGAAAACAGCUUAAUAAGGGACAGGCACACCAGUAGCUUUCACUGGAAUGGCUUUGGACAGCAUUUUUCAUCUGCAUUUCCACCUUGCACUGCAGGGUAAUGGAGAACAAAGAGAAGGUGUCAUGUGAUACAGAAAAAUGGGCCUUUGCUGACAUGGUUAUUUAGAUUCUAUGUUUCACAGUGCAAAAUUUCACAAUUAAUGUCUUGCCUUCUUUUCCCUACCUCUCCAUACUCAAUAAAAGAAUGUUUAGCACAUUCUGCAGUCCAGUUAGUGGACCAGACCAAAAUACGCAUGUAACAAAAAUAAGCAAUUCCACAUUUAGUCAAGUAAUAGGCUUUAACUUUGCACGUAUCUAAGAAGAUUUAUUUGUUGACUGAUAGCAUUGGUUUUGUACAUGCUUUUGCUAUCUUUGCCCACACCCAAGGAGCAAAGCUAAAGGAGAUGUUUGGCAUUUAUUAUCCAAACAGAAAGAGACUUGAAGCAAGAAUAAUACUAAACAGACAAAAAUGGGGAAAGUGAGGGGAUCUCUGCAAGUUACAUUUCCUGUUUCAAACAAGUUGCACCACUUCUUCAUCAGUUCAAACAAUAUACAUAUUCAACAAGUCUAUUGCAAGUGAGUGCUUUAAUAACAGUAGCAUGAACACUAAUCACAGAAUCAUUAAGGCCCACUAAACUUCACAUCUGCCCUUUUCUGUGACUGCAUCACCUCCCUAGGCAGCCUGCUCCAAUAUCUCACCAGUCUUCCCAAUAAUAAGUUUCUCCUAAUAUCCAACGUGAACCUCCCCUGGCACAACUUAAGGCCAUCAUCUCUCAUCUUGUCUCUGUUACUUGGGAGAAAAGGCCAGUCCCCACCUUGCUACAGCCUCCUUUCAGGAGCUGGAAAGAGUGAUAAGGUCUCCCCUGAGCCUCCUCUUCUCAAGACUGAACCAUUCCAGUUCUCUCCAUCCAGAACGGCCAUAUUCUUGUCACUGUUCCACCCAGAGUAUUUCAUUUGAAUUUCUCUCAAACCACAGAGAUCAGAUAAUGAUGACUGCAACACAGUGGUCCUCUGGAACAGGGUUCAAGUACUUAGUUUAGAUUUAAUUGUACUGUAGCAGAUUUUGUAUGGACUUAAAGAGAGAAAGAGGUGAUAGUCAUAGAUGAAUUUGUUCUUGCACUAUCCAUCAGAUCAUUGCAUUACUCCUUUAUUGUUACUGUUUUUUAAUCAAGAUAAAGAUUUUGGAAGUAUUUUAAUCCAAGCCAUGAAGUUGCAGGUAUCAGAGUAGUCAUAAAUAAUUUCAGAAUUAGAGAGUAGAUAGCUAGAACUGGUUGUACUGUUGUGCAGUAUUCUGCCUCUUCCAUGCUUUGGUGCACAGUAUUCUUAAAAACAAAACCCCUCUCUUUCAUUUCAGAAAGCAUGGCUAUUUGCAGUGUUACAUCAGUGUGAUCUGCUCAGUUAGCAUUACUGUAAAUUCUAGUUUGUGUUGCCAGUAGUUUGGCAAUUACUGUUUCCUGCUUUAUUGUUAUACAGCCCAAUUGAACUCCACUGCUUUUCAUUUAUGAUCCAGCUUGGAUGUUAGCUGACACAGAAAUGAAUGUCCUAACCUCAAAUCCAGUGGCUUAAAAGAUACCUCCCUAAUAUUCAUUGCCAAGAUGGAGUCCAGAGAUUACUGUUCAGUGGAAGCAAACAGGGUCUGUUUUUGCAGGCAACCAUAAAAAAAAAAAAAAAGACAAA